CUCCAACAACCUCCUGCGCUCAAGUUGCUCCUUCAUUGUCUUCAGUUGUUCUUCUUCUUUGCCUAUCCUAAUCGUAACUCUUACCCGAUUGUCAUCGAAUUACUAUCGUUUUUUCCUCCACAAUGACCGUAUCACCACGCAACACCGUUGAUAGACUCGAUCGGCCAAGCGCCUACUACCUGGGAAAGAACAAGAAGCGCAAGUACAGCCAAGAUGAACCGGAAAAGGUUCCAGAAGACCCAUCGGACAACUUGAAAAAUGCCACCACACUUUAUGUUGGUAAUCUUUCUUUCUACACAACAGAGGAACAGAUCCAUGAACUCUUCUCCAAAUGCGGAGAGGUUAAACGACUUGUGAUGGGGCUCGACCGAUAUACGAAGACCCCCUGUGGCUUCUGCUUCGUCGAGUAUUAUACACAUCAAGAUGCGUUGGAUUGCUUGAAAUACGUUGGCGGCACCAAGCUCGAUGAGAGGAUUAUCCGGACGGACCUUGACCCUGGUUUCGAAGAAGGGAGACAAUACGGUCGCGGUAAAUCUGGUGGCCAGGUUCGCGAUGAAUACCGAGAAGAGUACGACCCAGGACGUGGCGGUUAUGGGCGGGCUUAUGCAGAUGAUCAGAGACAACGGGAAGAAGAAGAAUACGGUAAGGGUAGGUAAUCUUGAUGGGUUUUGUCUGGUUGGCGCAUGUACGGCGUUUGCAUGCAUUAUAUCUCUUUGAUUUAGUAGAAGGAACGGCAGCAACAAAAGAAUAUUUACACCCGAUACCCCAUCUAUCGACGGACCUUUCUAUACAAAAUCUUUCUAUAAUGCAAGGCAUUCAAUAGCGUUGCUCUGUCCCCUUCCUCUUUUUCACGGACUCCUCGACUUGGCGCAGCCACCAUGCAUGUAUCCGGGCGUCGCCAGUGAGCUCAGGAUGGAAGCUCGUCCCGAAAACAUUUCCCUGUUUGACAGCAAUGAUAUCUCCAGCUUCUUUGUCUGCGUCGAUGUUCCUCCCCUCACUAGCCAGUUUAGCGGCUCUGCCUGGAAGUGUGGCCAGCACUUCAACCUGCGUUGC